CUCUAUCAAAGCUGGCGGCCACAUGUACUCUGGAUGUAUGGAGAUUAGAAGAAAAACGAAUCAUAGCCCUACAAGACUGCCUUCUAGUAGUCUCGCCGUACAACUAUAUCACCGUUUAUUAACCCUUAGGCUAGCUACUUAACUAACGAUUCUAGUUAAUAGUUUUCUUGAAAGAGACGCUUCCUAGCCUUAAUUAUACGUGAGAAGGCUAAGUUCACGUACAACUAUCAUUUCUUUUACUACUCUCAUCAACUAGUUUCGUUCUUAAUCUGUGUACAUCCCGAAGGCGUACGGCCCCUUCAUACGGUGGUAAACUUCCCCAAGGAACACAGCAGUAAGAGGCAAAGAGAAUGGAGACUAAACGGAAAGCAAGAAAGACCGAAAAAAAAAAGAUUCCUGAAGUUUUAUGAUCGAGGGCCCACAGAAGUUCGAUCCCCGCCCUCCCAGACCGCCGUCUCGGGUCCGACAUUUUUGGCUGCAGCCUGCCGUGAUAUCCACUUGUCCUCCCGGGCUUCCCUCGAAGGAAUGCAUCCCUUGGGGCCCCGCAAGGGGACCGGGUGCCCCGGGACCGCGAAGGAAGCAGAGAAAAGAAAACUUUGGUGCCCAAAACCCGACGAGAAAGCGGUGUCGGCGAUGAGAUAAUCGGCGACGGCAUGGGCUGCAACAGGGGAGGGGGGAAAUCGUGUGAGCACUAGCAGCCGAGCCACCACCCCAAUGUGUCAUAUGGACAGGACAGGACAGCCCGCCAGGUGAAUCGUUACCUAGCCCUUCUGGUCUUGGGGAGCCACUGCGCCUACGCUUUUGUAGCCUGCAGGAGGAUCCGGUCUCCUGAGUGGACCGCGCGCUGCGAGACAAGCGCAGUGCAGCCCCGAUAUUGAUUGCUUGCUCGGUGGUGGAGGUGGUGGUGGUGGUGUUCCAGGGUUGUUCUUUGCGCGCGUUUCUCUCCCUCCCUUGCCUCGCUUGUUUGCUUGCCAGCUUGCUUGCGUGCUGACCUGCAGGACGUGCCGGGCUGGUCUGCGCCGACUUUUCUCCAUCCGUUUCUGCUGCUGGCUUUGCAUGCCAAGCGACCAAUAACAUGUCCGCCUGCCCGCGUGCAUGGCCGCAAUAUACGGCCUGCCUACGUCCUGCGGCAGAAGCCCCUCCAUGCAAGCCCGCACACCAAAGGAGAAAUGAUUCGCCCUUGUUUUCCUUGGCAUCAAAAAGGUCGGCUUGUGAGAGGGCGUGGGCUUCCUCGGGCUGGGCCAAGCGACGAGUAUCGAAAGACAGAUGACAGAUUAGAAAAAAAGUCGGCAUCCGGGCCUUGAAGUCUCACCACCGACGGGGGAAAUGUCUCAAUAAGCGACACGUGCCCCGCUCCGUGCUGACUGUUUCCCUCUUGUCACAUCGGUGGCGACAAGAGAGAGCUGAAAAGAUCAGACAUUCUUCUUGCGUUUCAAAGGAUGGGCGAGGGAGAUUGUUGGAAUUGCAUUGUAAAGGGCACGCUUGAGAGAGUCUACCCCAAGAUGCUGGGGAGGGCCAGCACAUUUCCGCCCUCAAGCGACCGCCAGCCGCAAUCCCCCCGUGCCUCCUCCGAGCAUGAGGCCAGAUCCGAGCCCCGAACCUCAAUCUCUGAUGAGGCACAGGCCUGUUUCAACCUCUUGUUGAUCCUGCGGAAUGAUACCCAAUAUCUCAUUUCAUUAAGAAACGAUAACCUUCAGGCUUUCGAGGAGACCGAUGCCCGGCCGCUCCUGAGCCGCAUUAAUGGUGCAAUCACGGCCGCGACGCGCAGCAUUUACGAGCUGGGCCCAUUCCUGGAACGACAUCGGUGGCCGCCCUCCGAGCCGCCCCGGGCAUCAAUAAUACGAUUGAAAAACCUGAGGAAAAGGAGCAGGAGCCUUUGCUCGUCAGCGUCAGGAUUACCCGCGGCCGCGAGACCGUGGCUGUCUCCCGAUGAGUUGUUUUCCUGGACGGUGGCCCUGACCGCACAGCACAGUGCCGUGCUGGCUGCGCUCGACCAGCUGGAGAUAUUCCUCGUUUGCGGUUCAACAGACAUCACCGAAGACGAUAGGAGGAGACAUGAUGCAACGGGCUCGUGGUGGCAACAGCAGCAUAGCGAGUUCGAGAACGUCACGCUGAUACAAUCAAUGCUGCAGAGACCGAGAAGGACUUUGCAAGCCGUGCCCUGCACGUAUUUGACGACGCCCGCUGGUGACACAGUCGAGAGCGCACAGAUUGGCGUUGCCCUCACAUCAUCAUCACCAACUGGAGCUGUGCUGUUGCCAUUUUUCAACGAUCAUGACGAUGGGAAGUCGGAAACACUUACAUUCUACGAGCAAUCCGUUGGAUCAUGGCCUGGGGAGAUGAUGAAUGGGGGUCUAAGCGCUCGUCCAAGGGAUCUCGACGAAGGCUCCCCUGCUCAUCACUCUAACCUGACGUAUAGGCCUUCGGAUCUGCGUACCAUGGCGUCUGGGCCAUCAUCCUACCCGCAACCGGACCAACCCGCAGCAGUGCAGACAGAGCGAUAUGCAGAACUACUGUACCACUGCGCUCCAGGGCAGACAAGAGAUGUGCAGAAUGCUGCCCAUGGAAGCGAUGAUCAGGAUCGGCGGGCGAGAGGCCCGCCAGAGCUCCCGCUUUCUCGGUUCAACAGUAGUUCUCGACGACCGAGGAUCACGACGACCCCUUUACCUCCGCUCGUUGGCCUUCAGGCGUUGAUUCCCGAGAUCUCGCAACGAGCGCGGUCGACGACGCUUGACCCAACCACGUCUGCACAUGCCGUAUCGCCACUAUCGCCGUCGUCGCCCUUGCUCUCGCCGCCAGGCCUCAGCCGACGUUCGAGCCAGGUGAGCCUGCCUAGCCCGAUGCAGGCAUCGCCUACCGUGGACACCCCGUUCACGCCGCUGAACCAGCAAGUCGCGAGCAUGUUCGAGCAGAAGACCUUGCCCAGCAAGACCAUCCAGCCGGUCAUUCACGAGCUCGAUAACAUGAUAUCAUCGCCCGUGUACUCCGUGCAACCCGUGUUCGAGCUGGAGGUCUCCCCGGUGGGAAACAGCCAAUACCAACGGUCGGCAUCGCCAGAAGAGGAGGAGAAGCAUUGGCCGUAUCUAGCAUACAUGGCGCGAAAGCAGGCUGUGACGAAGUCAAGGUGGUCGGUCCGGCGCUCGAGGUCGACCAAAUCCAAGUCGUCGAAGGCGUCGAAGGCAGGUAGUGAUAGCUAGGCGGCUAAACGCCUACCUACUCAAGUAGGCACACAUGUAGCGAGAGGUAGUGGACGACAAUGUUUGGUUUACCGUGGGUGGGUCGACAGCGCAGAACGGGCCUGACCCACCCGGCCAAGCAACCCUGCCCUUGGUUUAUCUAGCCCACCAAAAUCUGAGAAAAUAUCAACAGGUCCUCACACCGUAGUCGGAUAUGGUGUAAUGGUUAACAUCGGUGACUCUCACUCACCAGCUCGGGGUUCGAUUCCCCGUAUCCGAGGAUGUUUCUUUUGCUCUCUUUUUGCUUCGAUAACUGCUGCCGACUUGUGUUUCACGGCCUCUGUGAACAGCAGCUUCCCCUCCAGCCAUGGACCAGCCCGUCGUGCGCGGUCAAUUGACUCCAGGGCUGCCGAUAUCUUCCAGGCGUCAACAGUGAGCUGCCACAUCUUGCCGUGUUCCGGGCGGAUCGGGUGCUGGAUUGAUUUCCCAGUGUAUUCAUGCAGUGUAGACAUUCUCUAGCGACGGGUGAAUCAAACGCUGGCCUCGGCGCUAGGCAGAGUCAAGAGUGUGUAGCAUGACCGAUUCCUCAACGAUUUUUCGUAAAGCGAGUCGCGAUCGCAACGGUACGAAGUAGAGCAUGCUGCUUUUCGUCCCCGCUCGCCCGGGCUGACUCGUGAGUACCGCUCGGAAUAGAAGUCCGCUCAGACGCAAAGCCAUAGUAGGAGACCACCACGACGGCGCGUUGGCGUCUCCGAAGGCGGGACGUUUCUCGGGCGGGGGCUAGUGGUGGUGGUGGUGGUGGUGGUAGUGGUGAAGAGAGCUUGCACAGGACUGACAGGGAGAAUGUCAAUAGAACAAUGCACGGAAGGAUCCAGAACGCAUCGUGAAACCCGUAGUAAGCAGACCAAGCAUGCAGAGACCGGGCGUGCUUCUUCAGCUCCUGCAGCCUGAGAUGACUAGCCCACAAAGGCGACUGCAACUGUCCACUACACGAAGUCUGACCUGGUGGGCGUCCGGAGGUGACCGACGGGCGAGCACUUGAACGGCGCCAUUUGGGGGCCGUUGCGAGUAUUCGCGAACAGACUUUGCGCGGUCUAGUGUGUCUGAGUGAUGCAGUCCACGAGUACACGUUGUGUGUAUGUCUGCGUGUGUGUGGGUUGUGUUGUGCAUGUUCUCAUACUUGCAUCCAGCACGCCCCCGAACGCGAGCAUGGCGUUAGGUAACGGAUAACACCGUACCCAAUACUGGGAGCGGACUAUCGGCUUGGCGCUCUGAGGCUCCUAGAUGGCCUGAGAGCAGGAGGGGUCCGGCGACGAUCGUUGGGGCCCGGCGCUCAAUGGUAAUGGAACCUACUAUCCCAAAAUGCUUAAUUGGUUUCCCCCAGGCCAGUCAGAGCUUGUACUCUGCAGCGGGAGAAGUGUCGGGUGUUCACAGCGGGCCGCAUUGCUGCAAUGCGACACACCGCAUGCACUGCGGUUCCUCUGCGGGAGGCGAAUCCUCGGACCACAAAAUCGAACUGAUCUACUAUUAUACUACAGGGGACAGAUGCCCUUUCUGUUGCCGUGUCUCCGGGGGCAGAAUUGCUGCGAGAGGAGGCUGGCGGUGAGAUGGCAUCUGGUAUCUUUGCUCAAUUCGAGCUCUCGAGUAUUCAUGAAAAACUGACGGAAGAGGUCAGCCAAUUGAUGAAGGCGUUGGUGGAUGCAUAAUGUCUGGACCUGACCUGCCAAAAGAAGCAGGAAUUCAAGUUGGUGGUUGACUCCAUCGCAUGACAUUGGGUGACGUGCUGCUUUGCGUGCCAAGGACUGCCAUCGAAGUGCGCCAGAGACACUGACGAAAGGGAACCCCAGGGUCCUUUGGGGGAAACCUGGCUGGCUGGGCUGGGCCGUGGUAUCGUGCGCGGUGUCUUUUCAGGGUUGCCUCCAGGCACGCCGUAGAUCACGGACCGGUAUGAUGGGUCCCUGGCAAGCCUAGGCUGCCUCGGAUGCGAGCAAGGGCGUCGGGAGUGGACAAUUGCUGCAAGGCACAGCUGAGCCCCAGCAGUCCUGGAGAUCGUGAUGGUGAUCGCAUGCCCCCAGGGCUCUGGGGCCCGGGGGAUCCACGUCUGCCAAAAAUAGGAACAUACGAGGGACAUGACGGAGAAAAGACGAUGCAAGCCGAGAUACAGUGGUAUUCAAGACCGGGAGGCCUGAUGAUCGCGUUGGCAGUUGCUGAAAGGGGCCCCACAAUGGCCGGUGGCUCUGUUUUUUUCCUUCAACGCGAGUGGCAGCGAUUAAUUCACGCGUAGGCGGGCGUUGCUCAGGAACAGAACAGGUAAAAGGGCUCAUCGACAGGGGUUAAAGGGGCUGAGGCGGGCCGGGAUUGACGGAGCAAAUUCUGAUUGCCGAUGACGGUGCCGAAAUGCCAUGCUGCCAGGCUGGCUGUUUGUUGCUGCUAUAUUGACAAUUGGAAGCAGCGAUCGACAGGGGACGUAUGCCUGUUUCCAUAGUCUCAGAGCCCAAAGAGGAGGGAGCGACAAAGCCAAUGUGCCAAUGUGCCAGGUGCCAGGUGCCAGGUGCCAGCUGUCUGGGUAGGAACAGACAGAAGAAAAAAGAUAAAAAGAGAGAGAGAAUACGAGCAGGGAAGACCGUGUCUCUCGGCAUGACGGAUGACGGGCGGGCACCAGGAACACGCGCUCAAGUUCCGAGGGAGGGCGGCAGGGCGGCAGGGCGGCCGCGAAGACGACAAGAAAUGCAUGGCUGUUGCUGUUACGCUGUUACGGCCUUGUUCCGGUGUCGUCCCAAGACCCCAAGCCUCGCCACGAAAUUGAAGUUGUAUGGUACCCCAUAGUUAUUGUCAUGUAUGGCAUGAUUGCAUGCACACGCAAUCCCUGGAGCGAGCUGCUCCGUUGGAGAAAGGCAGUCCGGGCAGGUUGGAGUGGGUGACAAGGUGGGUGACAAGGUGGGUAGCAGGAAGGAACCUUGCUUCCCUCCCUGCCUCCUCGGGUGCCCACUGCCCAGGCCCCAG